AUGAAAAAUGGAGAUAAAUUCGGGUUCUACAAUGACUGUGUUGGAUUUUUCACUAUUGGAAUUUGGAUGUUCCUAAUUUCUGCGGCCAUACUCAUCACUAUUUUGCUGUUUGGGGUAACCAUGCUGAUGUCCAUCAACACAAUGGACCGCUAUGAUGAUCCUAAAGGAAAGUCCAUUACUAUUGCUGCAGGAGAUUAA